GCGACGUCAUGCCGACGUCACGUAGGCGCGAGGACAUCAAAGGGCUUCCGGCGGCUUUUUGGGGCGUGAAAGUGGCCGACGCGGAGCUGAGAAGCACGUGCCGCGGUCCGCGUUUUGCGGAGGUCGUAGUAAGGGGCGGGGCCUGCCUGCGGGAGGGCGGGGCGUGCGUGCGUGCUUGUUGUAAGUCGGCUCGAGCCAGCGUCGCCAUCUUGACGCUCGAACACUUUUCCACCCAGACGCCGAACAGCACCUGCCCGGUCCGGUCUGGUCGGGUCCGGUCCGGUCCGCCGAGCCAGCCGGAUUCCCGAGCGGCCCGCGGGGGCGCGCAGGACGAGCGUGAACUCCGCCCCCCUCCCCUGUCGUCGUGGGUCGGUCCCGGCCGGCCGGGUUCGUCCGACAUGAGCAUCGACACGCUGCUCGAGGCCGCCCGGUACCUGGAGUGGCAGGCCGAGCGGGACCGGGCCGAGCGGAUCGACCGGCACGCCGCCGCCGCCGCCGCCGCCGCCGAACCGCAACCGAGGCGCCUCUCGCACGAGGAAGAUCAAAGCAAGGUGAAGGUGCUCAUCAACACGGAGGCGGAGUCGAGACGCUCGGAGGCGGUCUCUCUGCAGCCACUCGCAGCCAACCACGUCAGCCGGGGCGAGCGGCCGCCCCGCCCUCCGACCCACCCCCGAGUGCCCGUCGCCGUUGUCCCGAUGGUGCCGGUCGUCACGGCGACGCCCCUCUCUCUCAUAGCGAUGCUUCCCGGCUCCCCCCCGCGGGCGCCGCCCCCCCCGGUCCCCCAUCAGCCGCUGUGCUCCUCCCAAGUCAAAGCGGACGCCGCUAAGCAGCCGAUCGGAUGCGGCCAAUCGCAACAGCGGCCUCAGGUUCACGCUCAGUACCCGCCCCCCGUCGGGGGGGUCGACGGGCCGGCCCCGCAGACCGCCCUGGCGUCCCACCAGGUUCCGCCCACGUCCCACUUGAGGUCCAACGGACUGACGCUGGACGACAUGAGAGGAGGAGCCAACGGCAAGAGGAGGUCUGGAGGGACCGGAACCAGGGAGGUCCACAACAAGCUGGAGCAGAACAGGCGCGCUCACCUGAAGGAAUGUUUCGAGACGCUGAAGAAGAACGUCCCCAACGUGGACGACAAGAAGACGUCGAACCUCAGCGUCCUGCGCAGCGCCUUGCGUUACAUUCAGACGCUGAAGCGCAAGGAGAAGGAGUACGAGCACGAGAUGGAGCGCCUGGCCCGCGAGAAGAUCGCCACCCAGCAGCGUUUGUCCGAGCUCAAGAAAGAGCUGAGUCAGCGAAUGGACGCGGUCGAGAUCGAACGCGUCAUCCGACAAACCGUCCAGCCCGAAGACGACCAGGCGUCCACCUCCACCGCCUCGGAAGGAGAGGACAACUUGGAGCGGGACGAGGACGCGGCGGCCCCCGCCGUCCUACGAGCGCCGCCGCCGCCGCCGCCAGCCGCCCGCCCGUCGCCGUCCUCCUUUGCCCCUCGGGCGCCGGUCCCGCCGCCCACCGUCAUCGCCCGCGCGGCGGUCGCCCCCCGCCCCUCGGCCGUGUCGCACCCCUCUGUCAUCCGGGCCGUCAGCCGCGCCCUGCCGGCCAAUCACAAGCACCUGCCGCACAUCGCCCCCUCCCCCGGCCCCGCCCGGCCCGUCGGACACGUCGCGGCGCGCCUGGGGGCGCCCCUCCCGUCCCGCCUGCCCGCCUUGUACCCGCAGGGGGUGUCUGUGUCCCAGCCCGCCGUGGUGGGCCACAUCGCGCACGCCUUCGCCCCACCUCCGGCCGGCGCCGCGGCGGGCCAGCAGGGGGCGACGGCGGCGCCGGGGAAACCCGCCGCGGUGCUGGCGCCCCGCCCCCAGCUGGUGGGCCAGGCGGCCGUCACCAUGGUAACGGUGCCCACCUUCCCCGUCAGCACCAUCAAACUGGCCUGAACGCCCGACGCGUUGGCGGGACACGAGGGGGCCGCGGCCGGGCAAGAAGGACCGUAGAGGCUCUAAAAAAAAAACCCAAAAAACGAAAGAGAAAAGAAAAGAAGAAGCAGGACGAUGGAUGAGCGAAGAGACCUUUUAU